AUGCUAGGGAUUGUGCAGUUCAUCGCCAUUGUCUGUGGCAUUGUAGUGUCGUUUUUCCCUGACGACUUUGAUCGCGCAACGGACCGCUGGCGCUUCCGAGAGAAGGACGUUGGCCCGGAUGUUUCGCAUUGGCCCACGGAUAUUUCAAGAGACAUUAUGCCUGUCGGAUGUCACUCGCACAACGACUACUGGCGGCCGAUACCUCUGUACUCAGCUCUACAGGCGGGUUGCAUUGGCGUCGAGGCCGAUGUCUGGCUCAUUGAAGAGGAGCUCUACGUGGGCCAUACUACCUCGUCACUCACACCGAAGCGGACACUAAAGAGCAUGUACAUUGAUCCUUUACUCAAAAUCCUCGAUCAACAGAACCCUCGAACGCAAUUCCACCCCACCGAUGAUCGGCCGCUUCAAGGGGUUUUCGAUACCAACCCAUCCCAAACCCUGAUUCUACUGAUUGAUUUCAAGACCGAUGGAGAGGCCACCUGGAGAAGCGUGGUCACGCAACUAAUGCCUCUGCGCGAGCGUGGAUAUCUGAGCUAUUUCAAUGGGACUGACGUGGUCAAUGGCCCCAUCACCGUUGUCGGAACGGGGAACACUCCGUUCAAUAUGGUGAUGAAGAGCGCUGUCUGCCGGGAUAUCUUCUUCGAUGCACCUCUGGAACGACUAGCCGAGAAUGACAGCGCAGAUGAUCAUCUGGGUCUAGAGACCGACCAGCCUAAGCCACAAGAACAAGUCGUGCAGAUAGAGAGUUCCACCGAGAAUGUCGGUCAAGGCUUGUCGGGCAUACCCGCUGUAGAUAUUCACCCCAACACAUUCAAUAGCACCAACAGUUACUACGCCUCGGUUUCUUUCAGGAAAUCCAUUGGGUUCCCCUGGUCCUUCCGUCUCACCGAAGGACAGAUGGCCAAAAUCAGAGCGCAAAUCCAAGCGGCUCAUCGCCGCGGACUCAAGGUGCGGUACUGGGGCUUGCCGAGCUGGCCGCGGAGUCUCAGGAAUCAUCUCUGGAGCGUCCUGGUUCGCGAAGGGGUGGAUAUCCUAAAUGUGGAUGAUUUGCAAAGCGCCACCAGGAAGGACUGGAGACCCAAGUUCUCCGAUUGGUGGUCUUGA